AUAGAUGACAACAAACAAGCUGAAGAUGGCGGCGAGGGCGGGAGGCAGCAGCGGCAGAGUCGGGCUCGGGCCCGCGGCUUUGAUUCUCUGCUCGGUUUUGGCCGCCGCGGGGGCAGCUUCCGAUGCUUUCGACGCGGUUCUGGGCGACACGUCUUCCUGUCAGAAAGCCUGCGGCCUGACUUACAGCCUGCACACCUACCCCAAGGAAGAGGAGCUGUACGCUUGCCAGAGAGGCUGCCGGCUUUUCUCCAUCUGUCAGUUUGUGGACGACGGCGGUGAUCUGAACAGGACCAGGAAGGAAUGUGAAUCUGCAUGUGCUGAAGCGUACUCCCAGCAGGAUGAGCAGUUUGCCUGUAACUUCGGCUGUGACAACCAACUGCCCUUUGCUGAGCAGCAACAGAAGCUUCUCUUGUCCAUGGUCCCAAAAAUCCACUUUCUGUACCCUGUCAGUCUGAUGUCGGCUUUCUGCAGCGACUUAAUGAACUCCGCUCAGAGCUUCUUCACCUCGUGGACCUUCUAUCUCCAGACAGACGAUGGCAAAGUCCUGGUGUUCCAGUCAGAGCCCGACAUCCAGUUCAUGGUUCCUCAGUUUGAGCUGCAAGCAGACAGUGGGAAGGAAAUCUCCCAGGCAUUAUCAGUUGCAGACCACAUAGCCAAGGCUAUUUAUGACGACACACAGAAAGCUUUCAGGCAUGAGCAUGAAGACGGCUCUUACAGUGACUUGGCACUGGAACAGGAAAGUCAGAGCAUCUUGGAGUGUUUGUCCAGGAACGCCGGGAUUCCACGCUGGAUCCUGACCACCAUGCUGGUGCUCUCGGUGCUGGUGCUGCUCUGGAUCUGCUGUGCUACCGCUGCCACCGCUGUGGAGCAGCAUGUCCCGGCUGAGAAGCUGAGUAUCUACGGGGAUCUGGAGUUUAUGAACGACCUGAAACUUGCUCCCUACCCAGCAUCGUCUCUAAUUGUCAUCAAAUCCUCAGACGAGGCCGGGCCAUUACCCCCCAAAGUCAGCCUGAGCCACUCGCCUGUGUAAAGGCUCCUCACCUCGGAACUUGAUGCAUUUUUGAACUUAACUAAUAGUUUUGCCAAAUAUCCGGGUGAGGUAAAGUUUCAAACCUGCAAGAAUCCUGUGGUUUAUUUUUGUUGUGUGCAGGGUAUAAAUAGGGGAAUGGAAAUAAUUUUUAAGUUGAACUUCUAGAUGUGUCUUGUUUGUCGCUCGUCUGGGCUGGAAAGGAAGCUGGCUGUCUGGCUCUCCCUCUCCCUGAGCAGCACAUUCUCCACAUCAUCAUUAACUGGAGACAGUUGGCUAUACCAGUUGCUCUCGCUCUUCCUUUUUGUGAACCCCGUGACGUGAGACACAUUUAUCUCCCACCGCCACAGUAGAUUUGAGAAGAAGUACUUUUUUUUUCCCCCAGUUUAUUUCCUGGCUUUUAUUGACCAGUGUCCGUCAGCGCUGUGGUGGGUGUUUCUGACAUGUCCUGUGUGCUGUCUCACUGGGGGACACGUAGGUAUGUGUGCGUGCGCACCAAUCCUCUGUGUAACCACGUUAACUGCAGCUCAUCACUAAAAGCAGAGCCCAAUGUGGCUGUUGGUUUAAACAAUGUCCUGAUCCUUUUAUUAAUGCCUCUCUCUCUCUAGCUCCUGUUUUUCGGCAGGUCUCUCCUCUCAUUAAAGAGUUUAUUUCAGUGCUACGACAAUGUACAGUACUGUCACCCUCAGUACAGUCGCCCUCUCCCGCCUGCUGCUUGUGUCCGGUGUUGUUCUCGAUCUUAGUAUAAGAUUUCUGAUGUGGGUUUGGUUUGUGGACCAAGAGGGUGUUUUUUUUUUCUCGCUGAAGGAAUAAAAUAAAUGUGGGUUUGAUCACCUUUU